AUGAAUAAUAAACAAAAUUCGAGUUUUAACAGCCCUACAAAUUUUGAAACUAACAAAAUUAUUAAUAGGGAGCAAUGGAAUAAUUGGAGUAAUUAUGAAAAUGUAAAGAAUUUGAGUUUUAACGGCUUUUCAUAUAUGGAAACUAAUGAAAUUAUUAACAAAGAUGAUUCAAAUAUAAGAGCACCACAUCAGUUUUAA